UGAUAGGACAUCGAGCCCAAAUUUGAAAUAUCUUGGACAAAUUGCCUUUUCGUUGCUUGUAUUAGUAAAUCUAUUUACUUAUUGUGGUCUCACUACAAGCAUGGAUUUUUUUUUAUUAUUGAUAUUUUGAAAAUCAUGAGCUUAUUUAUAUUGCUGCAUUUGCACUGCUGUAGUGCAGGAGAUAUACGCCGAGCUAAGGGUCUUCUAGCCCGCUAUGGUUAUUUGCUUCAUGAAAGCUGCAAUCCUUCCAUUUUGGUAUAUAACUUAUUAAUGAAGGGAUAUAUAAGUGCUGGCUGUCCUCAAGAUGCCUUGCCUGUGCAUGAUGAAAUUUUGGAGUUAGGAUUAACCCCUGACAGGCUCACCUAUAGUACUCUGAUAUCUGCAUGUGUGAAGGCUGGGAAAUUGGAUGCUGCAAUGCAAUUCUUUGACAAAAUGAAGGACAAAGCACAAAACUUUAGUCGUGCCAAGCUUUAUCCGGGUGUUGUCACUUACGCAACAUUACUUCAGGGCUUUGGUGGUGCCAAGGAUCUCCUCUCAGUUCUGAAGAUUGUCUCUGAAAUGAAAAUGCAUCGGAAUUUAGUUAUUGAUCGAACUGCAUUCACAGCAAUGGUUGAUGCGUUGCUAAACUGUGGUUCCAUGAAUGGUAUGCCACAUUUGGAUAUUUACUCAGGGUUCUGCAGUGCUUAUCAAUUUAGGUUAUAAGCUGCAUUGGAAUUGAAAUUUGAAUUAAUAUCAGCAUCUUGUAACAUUUAAGCAUUUAACCAUAUAUGCAUGCAUGUAUACUUUAAAAAAAGUGCUUUCUGUUUUUAUUUUUUCAUGCUGAAUAGUACCAUCUGAUUCAUUUUAAUGGGUGAAGGCUACACAAAGUGUAGUUGAACUUCUACUUCUUUCACUUCUGACGCUAGCUGUCACACCCCUCUCCGAAUUACUUUGGUAAUGCAUCUUAGUAUCUUUGAUUAUAUUCACUUUAGAAUUGUGCUUUAAGUUAGUUAAGUAAACCAACCUCUCUAAUUGCUUCUUAUUGUUACCUAAUCAAUUAAAUUUACCUACCAGACAUGUAUUUAUAAGCAUACACAACCUGCUGUCCAUUAAACAAACUUAUAUGACAUCUUGUUGU